AUGGACUUAGCCUAUGUCUUAACUAUCCUAAUUCCCGUGGGGCAUCCUGCACACAAAGCGAACACCUCAGUCGAGCCUGACAUGAUCGGCUUUGAUGGACACGAGUUUAGCAUCAACGAGUCUACACCGACAGACAUACGGGAUGCGCUUCUUGCCUACUUUGACUCUGACGCGACCUAUGCAGAUAUUCCUGAGGAAUAUCGAAUCUACGAAGUAGUUGAGAAUGCGGAGGAGGAUUGA